UUUCUUCGGACGACAGCAUUCGCGAAGUGAGGUCAAUUGUUGAUUUGCUUGGCGCAGCGCUUUGCUCCGUGCAGCGCAACUUAACUCGAUUCUGAGCGCGCGAAUAGUUCGGGGACAAACAGUCGAUGUUUUCCAGAUUUUCCAACUAGUAUUUGCCCCCUAAAUCUUUUUAUUUGAUUCGAUUUUUCAAACCGUCUCAAGUUCCUCUCAGAUUGUCUCGAGUGAGUGUUUCUGGAGUAAGUGUUUGGGUUGAACGUGAGUCUAAAUUGUGAUGAGAAUUUCUCCGCAAUGCUACAUUGCGUUUAGUCUUUUGCUUCUUUGCGUGCUCGUCGAUAACUCUCUAACUUGAACAGUGUCCUGUUUCGUGCGUGUUUUCUUCUAACAUAAAUAUCUGUAGGUUUUUUUCAUCAAGUUUUGAGGGACCACUUUAAUUUCUAGCACAGCAUUUUGAAUUUUUUUUAAAUUUAAAUUUUUUUAGAAAAAUAAAAGGUAUUAGGUAUCAAAGUGCUUGAAAUUGCGAUAAAUUGUGAGAUUAGUUUACUUAGCAUUUCAUCGACUCGGAAGUGGGGAAAAAAAUGAUAUCAUCUUUGUUUUUCUCAAAAAUUCUCUAAAAUUAACAUAUUUUAAAAUGAAGUGCGUGAAUUUAGAGGUGCUACUGAUUUUUGUGAUUUAUAAUAUAAUUUUCACAUUCAGUCAAAACUCAAGGACAGUCCUGGCAGAUGAUGUGCAUGAAACAUUUGACCAUAGUGAUCUUUUAAAUUCAAAACCUACGCAGCCCUUAAAAUUUCCACCCUCUUUCGUAACAAGUGAGAAACCGCUAAAGAAUGUCCAGUCGGUUGCAAAAAAGUCUUUGCUAAAGAGGAGAAAACCACAAAAAGAGUCGGCGUCCAAAAAUAAAAUCAAUACCCAGUCGGUCGCAGAUAAACCCAAGGUUUCAACGCCUAAAUCUGAUGUGAAAAAUCCGGAAAAAUGCACCUCACAAGAGCUUUCCCCGGAGUCAGGUCCCGCAAAAGCAAGUCCGAAAUCUGACACAAAUCCGGAAAAAUACACCUCACAAGAGCUUUCUCCGGAGUCCGGUCCCGCAAAAGCAAGUCUAAAAUCUGACAAUCCGAUUUUUGCUGUUGAAGAAAUUCCGGAGAAAAAAACAAAAGAGGCCCACGAAAGUGCUCCGGAACGGCGGUCUAUCAAUGGAGACUCCGUUGAAGAAUCCAUAGUCCCUGCGAACUUUCAGUUGACCGCAGACGAGGAGGAAUUCGUCAAACGAAACGAACGCAGGGAUGGAAAGAAACUACUAUUUACAUUGCAGAUCCCUUCGAAAGAUUCCGGCUCGCCGGAAACUUUCGUCUGUAGCCCUGUCGGGAAAACUGGACCGCGUUCAGAGCCGUCAUCUCAAAACUCUUACCCUGCUGCAGAAUCUAGAGUUCCGGAACAAAAACUCCGGAAUUUAGAUCCUCACUCCGGUCGUUCAGGAGAAGAUCCGGUCGUGAAUGAUAUCGUAUCCAAGUUGAAAAGCGCUGUUCUGACUUUCGAGGACCAAAUCAAAAACAGCGACGAGCAGCUAAGCUACGUAGGAUCGGAAGAAGAGGCCGAAAGAAAACUCACGAGGAAAUUUAUGCGUUUUGUACAAAAAUAUUUGGGCUUGCCUGAGCCAGAAAUUUGUUCACCAGUCAGCGAGACCUCCCCCAAAGAAGUUAUAAAUCCACCCUUCGUUCCAUCGACUGAUAAAGAGGUUCCAGCUUCAAACUUCGUUCAAAACCCAUCCAGCGUACAAAGUUCGCAGCCCGGCGUGAGUGGAUUUGCCUAUCCGGAGAAAUCAAGGCACUAUGAAUCGCAGAACUCCACACCGACGAAGAACAUACCAGCUGCGAUGCCUGUUGCCGACCUUGAAAAAUCAAGGCAGUCAGAAAGCAUCACGCGUCCCAAGAGUGCAGAAGAUGCAAUGCCUAUUGCCUACACUGUGAAUUCAAGGCACCACGAGUCUUCAGCCGGGUCUUGGGAAACUGAGUACCCCCUCUCAGAAUUAGAGGACAAAAAGUACAGCCUGUCCAACAUACCUCGAGUCAUUCAAUCCACGGAUCUGUCCAAGUACUUCCCUACUACGACGCAAAACAGAAGGAUCAUCGAGAGCCCCAGAUCAGAGCAACCGAGUUUCGACGGAGGACAGUGGAGGGUGGUCUCCCCGCAAAGGGAACCAGUUCACCCCAAUUCUCCCCCCAAGUCCACCAACCAAAACUGGAGCGUCAAUGCAGCCAGAAAACCUAACGAAUUCCUCAUCACCCAAAACAUCCCAAUCCAAUUCUCCACCGAGCCUCAGAGGGAGACUCGCCCUUCGAACCGGUUCAAGAUACCGGAAUUCGAGCACGCCCUCAGCGCGGAAGUACCAGAAACCGCCACUUUCCCGUCCGUGCGCGCUGCUAGCAAGGCGGUCGAACCGGUUGUCAUGAGCGACCGUCAUCAUCCGAGACACCAUCAGAAAUCCAGACUAAAAUCGCAGAAGGGCAGGAAAGAGCAAACCAAAGCUCAGAACUGCGAGCUGGAAUUCGAGCCGCAACAACAGCAGCAACCGGUUCUGAACAAGGCGCAACAAUUCGAACCGCAACAACAGGCGCAACCAGUUCUGAACAGGGCGCAACAAUUCGAGCCAGUUCCGCAGGUCCCACACCAGUUCUCGAUCCAGUACAACUUCCCUGGGCUUCCGUCGACGAAAGUGAGCAUCCCCACGUCGGACAAUCAUCCCUCGACGUUCACGGUGGGUGCACCGCCCCCUGGGGGCUCGGCAUCGAUGCUCCCCGUCCCGGUCACGGUGCAGAGGGUCAACGCGUCUAAAUUCGUCGUCAGACAUGAGGAUCCAAUCGUUAUUAACUAUCAGUCGGAUCCGUACAUCGUCGACUACGUUGGCAACCCCCCUCGAGGGUAAAAAGGAAUUCUGCUGCAGCUUGGAACUGAAGAGCCUCCAUCGGAUGACUAUGCAACUUAAGGUCAUCUUCCUUGGACCAUUCAAAACUCACCAUGACUGCCAGAUAUCUGAACAAAAUCACUUUCUAAGUCUUUCAAAACUUGAGCAAAUAGGCAAUAAUUGAGAGAAGCAUCACCUUUCCCACCAGUGACCACCAGUGACCGAACAAAGUGACCGAAGCUAAAAAUAAACUUAAAUGAUACUUACUUACAUCUACUAAAAUCUGCUUGACCCAAUAUUUUAUGAUAAAAAAGAAAUAUUUUGCUUUAUUCUGAACAAUCCAGGUGCAGACUGGGAUCCUCAGAUGUGAGCAAUAUUCAACGUCAAACGAUCAAACGGUGCUAUCAAUAUAUCAAAGUCAUAAAUGUUGCGAUUGGCUUAUCCGAUGUCUUGGACCAAUCACAGCAUUCGACCUCGAUAUAUAAACAGCACCGUUGGGUCGUGUUACAAGGGCUGAUAGGCGCGGGACAGUCACAUUGGGGGCUCUGCCAAUGGAGGGGGAGGAGGUUAUGCAAGCAUAACAAAUGGGUAAAUUUUGAGGUAUGAGGUCUCGUUUUCUCGAUUAUGUAUAUUUUACCGGACAAGAUUCGUUGCUUGUAAAUACGAAUUAAGCAUACAUUUUCAUGAGCAAACCAACCCUUUGGUAAAAUUGAUACUCAACCUAGAGGUCGGGUCUGGAGAAACUCUUUCCAAAUCAACGAAUCUUUUUGAUUAUGAGGAAAGGGGGCUUUAAACUGUAGAAAAACUCGUGAAGGCGUCUUCUAAUAAAUUAUCAGGAAGAAUAAUUUGUGUAAGAAGCGUGGGAAUGAGCGUGAAGGAAAAAACGGCAAAGGUUGAUUCAAUCAGUGUCGUGGCGUGAAUCGCGAUUUAUCGAUUGCUAUGCCAUUUAAACCAACGGUAAAGAAUCGAUUAUUAAGGCUUUCGCUGCGAACACCCUGUCUAUCGAUCCUUUUCCAUAGGUUUAAAUGGCAUAACAAUCGAUAUAUCGCAAAGCACGCCACGCCACUGGAUUCAAUUUAUUGUUAUUCGUAUAAGUUAUUACUUAAUUCCAAUGUUAUUUAUACGUUUAGAAGUUGACAGUUUAAUUUAUUUACAGGUAUCAUUUUUAUUUUUUUCCAAUUUGUCGGUUUUCUUGGCACAUGAGAUGUUAUUUUUAUUGUAAAUAAAUGUACAUACAAAUAUU